AUCUUCCGCCUGCCCUUCGAUAUGCUUGUCGAUACUGGGUUUACCAUCUGACCCAAAUCUUAGCACCAGCUAGGAUUCUUGACCAGAUACUAACGUUUUUGGAAGAGCACUUCCUUCAUUGGCUGGAGGUCAUGGCAAUUUCAGGGAUAAUAUCUGAAUGCUUGAAUGCUAUGGAUACAUUACUUGCGUUGACAAAGGAUACAUACUAUAAUGCUGUGUCUUUGUUUCUCUCCGACGCUCGUAGAUUUAUCUUAAAGUUCUUGAGCAUUGCUGACGAGGCACCGCUGCAGCUGUACAGCUCCGGCCUGAUUUUCGCACCACAAAAAGCGCUGAUCAGGAUGAAAUUCGAGAGAGAGCUUCCUGAUUGGUUAUACAGAGCCCCAAGGGUGGAAGAGUAUUGGAGUCAAGAAUUGCAAACACUGGAGGGCCAUUCUGAUUCGGUUCCAUCGGUCGCCUUUUCACGAGAUGGCCGGCUCCUGGCAUCUGGCUCUGAUGAUAAAAUCGUCAAGCUAUGGGAUCCCGCUACUGGCGCCCUUAAGCACACGCUGGAGGGCCAUUCUGACUUAGUUUGGUCGGUCGCCUUCUCACCAGAUGGACAGCUUCUGGCCUCAGGCUCUGAAGAUAAGACUAUCAAGCUCUGGGAAACCGCCACUGGCGCUCUCAGGCAUACUAUAAGCGUUGACGGUACUAUCACUAACAUUGAAUUUUCCGAGCACCUGCCGCAACUGAUUACCAACAUGGGAUCUUUCAGUAUUCAAGUCUGCUAUGAAAGCCUCCUAUUAAAUGUUUCUGAAAAAGUGGCAGAGGUAUCUCUUGCGGGUCGGUGGGUUACUAUUCAGGGUCGACGAGAGCUAUGGCUCCCUCCGGAUUAUCAACCUAGCUCUUCAACAGCCAGAUAUGGUACUAUUGGACUUGGAUGCACAAAUGGCAGGAUUGUCAUAAUCAUGUUUUCAAUCACAUAAGAGUGAGGCCUGGCCAGCGUCCCACACGAUUUGGGGCAUUCCAGGAGUACCAAAAACACGUAGAUCAGAGCGAAUACAUUUACAUUUAAC